AAACCCUUCCUGAUUUGUGCUCAAUAUCUGGACACCACCACAUGGCUGUCAACUUGGUGAAGGAAAAUGAACAUCGAUGGGUUUAGCUCUUUAAUCUUUAUCCAGCUUAAAUUAACACUACAUGUAUAUAUAUUUGUUCCUGUUUUUACUUUUGGUAUCACUUCUAGGUGCAGUAGACAACAUGUGAAAGAUAUCUGCCGUGACUCGCCUGCCAUCUUGAUCUGGAGCAAUGGUCAAACUUACUCUACCAUAAUAACCCCAAACCUGUACAGACUAUUGUCAUCUUUCCUAGCUUCAGUUAUGGACAUAUGCAAGGAGCAGAGAAGCUGUGUUUCCGUUUCUCGUGAAUCCACAGAUGUUAUCUCUCCUCCCAGUCCUAAUCCUCCUACCUCACCUCCUUUGAUUCCCUCAUCCCCGUGCCAGCCGCCCCCUCCCUUGGGUGGAUUGGGAUCAUUAUCACACCCGACCAACAAUACAGUGUGGAAUGUUGCAUCGGCCGAUGCAAGAAAACCCUCAGCAACGGCAGGGAAGGAUGAGAUUUCAAGAGGGAUGCAAAAGUUGCUGUCAUGGAGAAUGUGCAAUGAAAGAGACGACAAUGUAUGGAUAGCAAGCAACCGUCACACAGCUCCUGUCCUUCAACAAGGCCCAGAGUGUGGUAUAGUCGCCCUCUGCAUGGCUGUCAACAUGUUGGGGCCAGUCUCUGCAGAUAAGAGACACAUCAUGAACACUGCCCAAGAGAAAGGAUACACUAUUCAAGGGGAAAUGUUCUCAGCCACAAACUUACUGGACUUGGUGUCCUGUAGCUGUGGAGUCAAUGGCAGAGUUUUGGUAGGAAACAUGACGGAUAACCGAGAUGACAUCAUCCUCCACCUUGCCAAUGGUUGGCCAGUCCUGGUGCCUUAUGACAAGGAUGCCAACUGUGAGCCAUGCAGCUUAAGGGGACAUAGAGCCCACUGGGCUGUCAUUUCAGGUUUUUUGCUGCAAUGCAGCAGAGCUGACUUUCCAGAUCUGAACUCGAAAGAGAUUCAUCAGGAUCCAGCUGCAUCCAACCUGUACUGCAUCAGCGUUGAUAACCACGAUGGGCUGUCCGAGCACACCAUCCAAACAGUUCAGGCUGUCCUACAAAGCCUUCCUGCCUCCGAUGUCUACCUCCUGGCCAGGCAGGGUAAGAGCACCCAUAUCCACCCCUGGAGGUACACUGCACUGUCUGACAGCAAUUCUAACCUUCUAGAACUCGGUAGCAGCAUCCAGGCAGACAUUGGCAAGUUUAUGAUUCCAGAGGGUGGUAUACAGGCAGGGUUGUGCAGUCAAGUGGUCUUGAUAAGGCCUUGAUUUGGGGAAAACCCUCUUGGGAGGAAAAUGUUGAGUUGUGCAGGAAACAUUGCUGCUGUGUCCAUCAUGUCCAUGGGCAAGGCACUUAACCUGAACCAUUUCUCUUGCCAGGACUUUUUUGCUCUCAUGGAACUCAAGUAUGACAGAAAAUAUCCUAACAAACGCUGAAAAAUGGGGUUUUAUAUUUACAUCGCUGAGUUAGUUAUUUAAAGAUUGAAAUAAAUUAUUAUUAACUAUUUUCUCGUGAAUCUUAUGAGUAGUGCCGUGUAGAAUUUGAGCAUUUUUGGGCAUUCAAAUUCUGAAGAAUGAAAUACUCCUACCUUUUUAUAUGAACCACCUGGAUUAUGUGAGAAAAGUUUUUACAAGUUCAUAGGCGGAUUGUUAAAAUUACAUGUUUUGACUUAAUAUACUUCCAGUGCUGUUAUUGAGCCAAUUCCGUUUAUAUUGCAGAAGUUUUAUUACAUAAUUUUGGAAAAUCACUUGUUUUACAGUUUGAAGUUCAAAAUUGAAUCCAGGUGUAGAAAUGAAAAAGAAGUAGUUGUGCAAAGGUUUUUCCAGAGAAUUAUUUUUUUAGUAGUUGUGUUCAUAUAUUUAUUUUUGGGGAGGGGCAGUUGACGGGAGGUGGACCUUAAAUUGUUGAAGAAUUGAAGUGCUUCACAAAUAAAAAAAAACAAUGAGACCACAUCCAAUUAUUCUUAGAUAUCUGUUCUCAUUUUAUUAGGUCGUUGUUUGGCUUUCUAUUUAGGACAAUAAAGAAUACAGUCAGCAAACCAUUUCACAUUGUAGUCCCACUAGUUACAAAGUAAUGGUGCAAUUGAUGUUCAGUUUCAAGGAGAAAGAUGUUUUGAAUUCUUGGGCCAUGUACACAUAGACUAUUCUGGUGCUGAUACUUGGAAGCCAUUACUCAGGUGGUAACACACUUGUGAUUUUACAUGUUGUACCAAUGACAUGUUUACAAAUUGGACCUCAAAUUUAAGAACGUGUAUGACUAGACCCCAAUUUCACAGAAGCGCUGAGCAGAAAAUAUUGACGAGUCGAUUUCUGUACUGUGCAUAAAUCAGUUGAGUAGACAUACCGGUCACAAUCCAUGCACACCGCAUGAGAGUUUGGGCUACUAACCUGUUUUGUUCGCUAAAUAUGCCUGUUGGGAAAUUUCUGUGCAAACGAGCUACAUGAAAUUGGCUUAUGCACAAGAACAUGGUACCACCCAAAUGAUGCCUUCUUAUUCUGGUGACAGGAUUCUUCUAUACAUGAGUAACACAUUUUACAAGCAUGAAAGCACAUAUAUGUCAGACUAUCUUUUUCUUUAAGCCCUUCCUAGAUUUAGGAUGGAAAACUGCCUCCCGUAAAAGCAUAGCCAGUCCAUUUUGUGACCAUUGUGUAUUUAGGCAAACAGUUCAUGUAAAGACCUUAUUUGUAAUGGUUAUCCAAUGCAAUAAAAUGCUCUUCAUAACAGGAAUUUUGUUUUCAGGAAAAAUCUAUGUUUCGAGUACAAGAUAGGACUGGUACAAAACAUUCAUUUCAUAAGACUAAUUUGGAUCCCAAUCAAUAGUCACAAUGAGCACCUGAAAAGCAAGUUGUGAGAGAAUGAAUGGAAUAGGUGUGAACUCAACUUGGUGAGGUGGUGACAUAUCACUGUCAAGUGGCAUAAUGCGAUGCGUAUUGUCACUAUCAUUCACAACAAUGUAUUUUCAGAGCUUUUUUGUUUCAGCUUCCACUGAGCUGAAAUGUUAAGUCAAUUCUUCCAAAUAUACGACAGUUUUAAAGGUCACUCUAUCAAACAUUUUACAAAUGUUGAGAAUGUCUGUGAAACUUCUUUUCUGGUUAUUUUUCUUGACAACCUGAGCACCUUUUAUAAAACUUUCAUGAAGUUUAAAGUACACUUAUAAGCAAAUAAGUGGCAAUACUCCAAUGCUUUCAAUGGCCUUUCAAAACAUCUUCUGAUUAUCCACUUCAAACUCUAAAUCUGAAAAUAAGUAUGCAUUUAAAUGGUUCUGUGUCAUGUUUGUAAAAUAAUCAGUAAUUUUGUUUAUUUAAUUUUGCUUUCUAUAUGAAAAAAAGAAAUGCUUGAUACUGAUACAGUGACUUAAAGCUGCUCACAGAAGACUUGAAUUCAAGUUAAGAGUGGUCAGGUUUUGUCCAUCCGUGCCACUGGUAAUAUGGAACUGUGUUAAAUAUUUUUUUAAUUACUCUUUUCAACAUUUCAUCUGAUGGGAUAUGACUCAUUGGGAGUUAAAUCACAUGCAUGUGAACCCAAGUACAUUAUGUGCGUAUCAUUAACAUGGCUGAACAAACAAGACCCAUUCAGUUACAGACUUGAAACCAAGGCUUCACUCAAAGCUGCUUGUAUGUUUCUGUUGGCAGCCAGUAGGGAGAAGUCACAAUUAUUGGUCCAAAUACAUGUAAGUACCUUUUUCAGACACCAUCAAAAUUACAGAAAUGAGAAAUGACAGUAGUAAAAUCAAAUACAUGAACGUUAAUGUAGUUUGCUUGGUCACUUACAGUCUAAGAAAUAAAAUCCCUGUUUAAAAAAAAAAUACCAGACAAUGUUGAAUAACUUCAUGUUGCAAGAAAGAAAUUAGCUGGAAGAAAGUGGUUUGAAAACAGGG